UAUUAUUGUCGCUGAGAAUAUGCCACAGAAGUCGAUCAAAGUGUGCCUUCUUGGCACUACCUGCGUAGGGAAAACCAGUAUAACUACACGAUUCGUCAAAGGAAAGUUUGAUGAGAACUGCGUCAGCACUAUCGGCGCCGCCUUCUUGUCAAGAUUACUCUACUUUCAGAACAUCGAAUAUAGUUUUGCAUUAUGGGAUACGGCGGGGCAAGAGCAGUUUCGUUCACUGGCCCCUCUGACGUAUAGGUCUGCAGCCGCCGCACUCAUCGUUUAUGACAUCACAAAUCAGGAUUCCUUUGAUGAGGUGGAUUUCUGGAUCUCAGAGCUGAGAAAAAUGGGUCCUGAGGAAAUCUUGAUUUAUGUGAUUGGGAACAAAGUAGACCUUGAAUCAUACCGUGUUGUCGACCGUAAAGUGGCAGAGAGUUACGCCCAAACCAAAGGAGUGUUUCACUUUCAUUCCAGCGCCAAGACUGGUCAGGGUGUCGACGAAAUCUUCUAUCAUAUCUGUCAAAUGACAAGAUCAAUACAAGAAAAUAGAUGCAAGAAUCGUCAGAGUACGGUCGAUGUCUCCAACUCUACCAAUUCCGAUGGAACAGAGAAGGUGAUCGCGGUCGAUGUCGAUGUCAGAGCAAGUGAUUACAUCAGCAAACAUGAUCGCAAGGCUUUCUAA